CACAAUAUGUCCCCAAUUUGAAUCGAGAGCGGUACUUUCUUCUCAUGCUACCGCCAUCGUCUCCAGUACUCUGUUUGCAAACACGCUCCCGGCCGUUUUUUAGAAUUGUUCCCAAUCCUUCGCGGCUGAUCAAGCAAUGUCUGCCCCAAGUCUUGUGUGACGUUGACUUGAAGACGAGCAUAGGUGCGGAGGAAGGUAGUUCCUUUAAUGGGCUGGAUGGACGAUUGACGAGUAGACGAUCGUUGCCUGGCUUCUCUCUGAUGUAACCUUGAGGCGGAGCAGGCUUGGAACAGUUCCAGAAAACUGUCCCUUGCAUUCUUAACUCCUGAAGUUCACCGUUUCCCUCGAUGUGAGGGUGUUUUGUGUUUCGUCGCUUCGCAUGGCUCCUCCGACAUUUUCUCAGCCCUUACCAAAAUCCCAUAUCCAAAAAGUCGGAACCAAAUUAGAACUUGAAGUCACAUGUGCCACUAACGAAAAAGGGGCAAAGUUCUCGUGGAAGAAACCUCAAUAUGCUUCAGACGAUUCUGAGCAUGUCAAUUUCGUCUCCGGGAAGAAGUCCUCCAAAUGUGUCAUUUCUGCUGUUCAAAUUCAAGAUGAAGGCGAUUGGGCCUGUGAAUUAGAAACGCCCAAGGGGAAAUGCGAAAGCUUGUGUAGUUUAGUAGUAUAUGUUCCAAAAUGCUAUCGGAUCCCCGUGUUUUUAGAGGAACUCCAAGCUAAAGAGUCCUUGAACGGGACCGUGGCUCUUGAAUGCAAAGUGAUUGGCGUGCCCACACCCACUUUACGAUGGUUCAAAGGCAACCACGAGCUCCAGUCUGGGGAUCUUUACGAGCUGAAGGUGGAUCGAGGGGUCCAAACUAUCUACAAAUGCGUGGCUGUGAAUUGCGUGGGUUCAGCGGCAUCCGAGGCCAUUUUAGAAACAUCCCAGAAAAACGUCCACCCUCCGUCCAUCGUCACUGAGCUCAAAGAUGUCAGAGCCAAAAUUGGUUCCAAAGUGCAAUUGGAUGUCAUAGCUCACGAGAAGUCGUCUCCAUGUACAUCAAAAUGGACGCAUAAAGGCACAGAGGUCACAGAAACGAAAGGGAAAUAUGAGCUCUCUCAAGGUGAUCCGAAUCAUUUCUCUCUGGUCAUCGUUAAAGCCGAUUUGGACGAUGACGGGGAAUGGAAUGUUUGCAUCUCGAAUAGUAUGGGCAAAAUCGAGGACAAAUGCAUGCUCACACUCAAAGUGCCUAAGAACUACCGAAAGCCCAUGUUUGUUGAGAAUCUAAAAGCACAUUUGACUGACGAGGGAAUGGUCUCGUUCGAAUGCAAAGUCGUCGGCUUUCCCACUCCCACUCUAACUUGGUUGAAAGAUGGACGACUCCUCACUCCUGGCGAUGUUUACGAAUUGUACGGGAAUCAGUCCAUUGGUGUCUACACAUGUGUAGCCAAAAAUUGCAUGGGCACGGAAACCAGUACUUCGUCGCUGACCAUUGAGGACUUGCAAAAGAAGCCCAAGGAUCCGGUGGUUUUUAUUUCGCCCCUGAUUGAUCAAAAAAUUCCAUACGGUGGAUCAUACCAAAUAUUUGCUCAAGUAUCUUCGAAACUGCAAUUGCCCUUCUCGUGGAAACGGAACGGCAGCGCAGUGAACUUUCCGGAGUAUGUCAUUGGAUGUGAGGAGGAUGGCAAGUACUUUUGCAAUAUUGUCAAUGCCACGAUGCAGGAUGAAGGGCUAUGGGAAUUAAAUAUCGAGGAUAAUGGAGAAGUCCUUUCGUCUUCGUGCAACAUUCAAGUCCCAAUCCCACAACAUUUCAAGGCUCCAAAGUUCUUGGAUAACUUGAGGAUUCAUCUCACUGAAUCUGGAACUGUGAGCCUCGAAUGCAAGGUAAUAGGCAUACCACAACCUAAAUUAAGAUGGUUCAAAGAUGAAAAAGAACUUCAAGCUGGGGAUCUACAUAAACUCGUCCAUGACAAGAACCUCAAAGAUAACACUUGUAUUUUUGGUGUCUACAAGUGCGUGGCAUAUAAUUGCAUGGGUGAAACUUCCAGCAGUGCUAAACUCAUCGGAUUUGACAAUGAUGAAGAUCCUCAGUCCUGUGGGGAAAAGAUUCCAGAGACGAAAGUGCCCACGGAUGACAGUUUCGAGGAAAUUGAUGUGUCUUCUUCGUUUGGUGGAAAAUCCGUGGCAUUGUCAAUGUCAGAUGUACCAGAUCUGUCGUCUGACAAUGCCCAACAAAUCGUGGAAAUGUUUGCCAAUGAGCUUGAACCUCAAAUUGUCAAUGACUUUGUCGAGUUGCCUCCACUCCGAUUUGUAAGAGAGACUUCAAAGGCCUCCAAUAUCAGCAUAGAGGCCGUUGUAAUUGACAUCGACGAGCAGAGCCUCUUGGAAUUAGAAACCAGUCGAAUGAGUCUUGAGAACAUUGACGAUCUUAACACGGAAGCUGACUUGGAUGACAUAUCUGAAGAUAGUGGUCACUCCAUCAAUACCAUUCAACACUUUGAAAUCGAGGAACUUGAGGAGGCCCAAGAAGCUGCUGCAGAAAAGGUCAAAGCAGAGCGGGAAGAAGAGGCCCGGGAGGCAACUCCCCUUGCUGAACACGACAAUGCUGAAGACAAAGCACAUGAACAAGUCCAAAAAUUGGAGUCGGAGGAUAUAUAUGCCACGGUCAAGAAACCUAAUUCUACAGGGAAUCAGAAGAAUGAGAGAGAGAUUGAGAACAGUUCUGUGGAUGGUGCUAACACCAAUAUCAAAGCACCUACGGACAAUCAAGAUACAAACGAAGUUCCUCAAGAGCAGGCCACCAAAUUGGUAACACCAGAGGAUCAAGCACAGACCUCAAAUGAGACGAAAGGAAUUGAAAAGGAAGUUAUUAGUGAAAGACUCCAGAAAGAACAAUCACUUUUGGAUCCAAUAGACGCACCCAAAUUGACUCAAGAGAACGAGAAACAAGACGAGGAAAAAAUGUCGAAAAGAGAGCUGAAAGAGGAGGAGAAAGAGAGACCCAAAGAAAAAGAUGAGGAGCAUAUUCAGGACGCAACCGAACAAGCUGGGAAAAUGUCUGAAGAAGCACCAAAUCGAAAACAAGCUGAACAAUUGCCAAAGAAGAGCGAAGAGACGUCACCGAAGGGGGUUCAAAAAGGAAUUCAAGGAGAAAUCAAUGAUCAGACCCUGAAUGAAAAUAAGGACAGCGAUGGCCAAAAGGUGGAACAAACACCGUCGAAGAAGGGAAUAAAAGAAAAGGAAAGUGAUGGAAAAUACCAGGGAUCCGUUGAAAAAGAUUUCAAAUCACAGGAUAAAGAUAACACCAUUACAAAUAUUCAGGAUAGCCCCAAAACAAAGAAUGACGCAACCGUAGGAGAGGACCUUGUAGUAGCAAAAGAACAGGACGAUCAAAAAGAUCAAGAUAAUUUGACCGAGGCAGACAUACUUAAACUCUCCGAGGAGAUCGAGUCAGUGGCGACGAAGUUGCAAAAUGAAGAUCGACAAAAAGCCGCUGAAGAAGUAAGUGCUUGCAAUCCAAAUUAUUUCAAUAUGGUUCUUGAGCACAAGCCAGACUUUCAAGACGAGGAUGAUGAAGAACAGCAUCAGCAGAACCGACAAAAAGAGCAUUCAAGCAAAGAUGACGGUGAAGACCUUGACGAAGAGGUGGACCGUUAUCUGGAGCGACGUCGACGGUCAAACUCUUAUGAAGAUACAAUCAAGAACCUGGAUCCUGAAUUAUUGAAGGAACUUGGUUUGGAUAGCAACGGAGAUCAGUUAGAAGUGCCAACCAACGAGACUAAUAAGAACAUGGCGUCCCGAGUCGAUGAAAAGGCAAGUCAAUUGGUCAAAGAAACAGCUCCAUCUCUUCGACGUUCUCGCUCUCGCUCUCGGUCAAGAUCCAGACCUCCAAAUUUGGACACCGUUGAGGAAAAUUACUCACAAGAGCUACAAGAAGCUCUCUAUUAUGGUAAACAGCGGAGCAAUUUGGAAGACAUCAAGGAAUGUCCAUCCUGUAGCUCAGUUCAGUCCAUGGAGAGCCAAAUUGACCGAUCCAAAUCGAUCCCUCACAACCAUCCUGUUCCUGAUGAAAGCCUAAGAGGUGCCAAAAUGAGCAUUGACAUGGAUAUCCAAUUUGAUCUCAAUCGAUCUGAAAGUGACGACGAGAAAGAGAGGGGUGCAACAGCCAUAAAAAGCACAAAUCUUGCUCAAUUGCAAGCAUUUGGUGAAUCAGUGCCCAAUAACGGCGACGAAUCAACCCUACCAAUGCUGGAGGAGAUCCCUAGCUCCGAACUGGAACAACUAGCAUCAAUUCCAAGAAAUAUUUCAGAAAUCGAAACGACUUUUCUACCAGGGAAUAACAUUGAUCUUUCGCAGAUGCUUCAUGUGGGUCAAGAUAGAUCAGAUUGUAAGAUAGAAUCUACAAUGCCCUUGAAUACUUCUCAUCCUCAAACAUUAGAUCAUGAUAUACCAAUGGAGAGCACUUUCCUUACUGAAGUCGUAGAAGAGCCAGGUCGAUCAGAAUUCUCAAGAAGAGUGACCCACGAGACAAGGGAAAAUAUAAGUGAAGACCAGACUAUGAAGCCAAGUGAAAUAGAAUCACAACAUAAUGCAAACCACCCUUCAAACAAGCCAAUUCAAGCUCCUCGAGAAAAAUCAGUAGAAGACCGACAACAAGACUCGUCAAAAGAGAGUAAAAAAGGAGGCGAUUUUUCAGAGGUUCCGGAAGAAGCAGCAAAGAAAGGAAAUGUUAUGCAAACUUCCUCGGAUUCCACCAAACUUCAGUCCAAAACUCCAUCACAACCAUCAAGCUCAAAUCAAACAACACAAGGGUCUAAAGAUUCAGAACCAAAUAGUCAAGAUGAAAAAAUAUUAAAUCAACGUAUAAGAGAUGAAAGUCAAUGCAUUCAAACUCACGAGCAAGAUAUUGAAGACAUUCCAUUGGAUUCCACUGAAAGUGAUUUGGAGUUCCACCCUCAAAGCUCAAACAAUACAAGAGAUGUUUGCCCAUCUUCAGAGAUUUUUGAACAAAGUGAAGGUUUUACGAAGAAUAAACCAGAACUCACUCCCAAAAAGGAGCAAAAACAAGCACAAAAUGCAAAGCCGAACCAAGAAAAUCGCAACUUAACCAAUACUCAACAAGAAAAUGAACAACAACCCAUUGAUGAUCAAGCGCAACCCAUAUUUGAUAAAGAAGUCAAGAGCCCGGGCACAUCUGAUAUGGAGCAAUCACCAAAAAGCAGACAUCAGGGAGAUCCUAGCAAACAAAAAAAUGAUCAAUGUCAAGAUGAGGCAAAUUUAUCACCACCAGUGAAGUCUGCCGUAGAACCAGAACCUUAUAGCACAAGUUUAACACAAACGUCUAAGGGGGUCCAAGAUACUGAGGGCAAUGAUUCGAGAGAUCAAAGUGCAAAAGUUAAGGAUGUAGGUCCUCAUGAUCAAUAUGAGAAAGGUCAAAGCCACAUCCAGGAACAAAAUUCUCUGGAUUCAAUGACAAAAACAAAUAAAGAAUUGCCCAAACCCAUCAAUUCAGAAAAACCAUCAGAUGCGUUGCAAGAUGUCCACCACAUAGUUCCAAGAGAACAAAGUUCAAAACAAAAUGAUAAAGGCCAAGAUCAUUUUAACCAAACGCACGGCCGAACCUUGGAAACAAAUUCAUCGGAAUCUGCGUUAUUCUCAAAGAAUCAAAACAUUGAAGGAAGUUUUGAGGACAAAAAUGCAUCUGACUCAGAAGCUGCGACUCAUCACACAGAUUUCAAGGAAGCAUCAGAUGAGUUGUACGAUGACAAGAAUAAUGUUGCAAAAGCUCAUAGCACUCACAAAGCAGAUCAAGCCAUGCAAAAUGCAACAGCUGAUAUUGCAGAUUCAAAGCCACCUUCAGAGGUAAUGCAUGAUACGAAGAGGAAUGUUCCAAGAGAUCAAACUUCACAAAUUGAAGAACAGGCUGUCGAGCAAGCAAAAAAAGAUGAGACACAAAAUAUUGAAGUAAGUUUUGGGGACUCAACUGAAUCUGCUUCAGAAGCUGAACCUCAUAAUACAGAUUCUAAACAAAAAUCAGAGGUGUUGAAGGCUUCAAUCACCAACAAUCAACAGUCCAAUCAAUUGCAGCACAACCAAACUGAGUCAUUAAAACCAAUGACAUCUGCCUCAAAUGCUACAUCUCAAAGCACAGAUUCUAAACAAACAUCAGAGGUGUUGGUGAAAGAUGUCAAAAAUAAUGUUCCAAAAGAUAAUAGCUCUCAAAAAGUAGAUCAAGUUAUGCAAAACGUGCCUUCUAAUACUUCAGAUUUAAUACAAACUUCAGAGGUAACGCACGAUACAAAAAGGAAUGUUCCAAGAGAUCAAACUUCAGAAACUGAAGAACAGGCUCCAGAGCAAUCUAACAAAGAGAAGACUCAAAUCAUUGAAGCCAAUUUUGGGGACCCAGCUGCUAAACAAAAAGCAGAGGUGUUGGAAGCUUCCAUUGUCAACAAUCAACAGCCCAAACAAUUGCAGCACAGCCAAACUGAGUUAUUAGAACCAAUGACAUCUGCCUCAAAUGUUACAUCUCAAAGCACAGAUUCAAAACAAACAUCAGAGGUGUCGGUAAAAGAUGUCAAGAAUAAUAUUUCAGAAGAUCAUGGCACACACAAAGAAGAUCAAGAUAAUCAAAACGCAACACCUUCUACUACAGAUACAAAACAAACAUUAGGACUGAUACAUGAUGCCAAGAGUAGUGUUACAAAUGAUGUCAGUUUUCAAAAAGCAAAUCAAGACAUCCAAGACGCAACACCUGAUACUGCAGAAUCAAUGCACACUUCACAGGUAAUGCUUGAUACAAAGAGCAAUGUUCCAGGAGAACAAAUUUCACAAAUUGAAGAACACGCUCCAGAGCUAUCAAACAAAGAGAAGACUCAAAGCAUUGAAGCCAAUCUUGGGGACCCAAUUGAAUCUGUUUCAGAAGCUACAACCCAUGGCAAAAAUUCAAAGCAAACAGAGUCAUUGCAACAUUCAGCAAUCAAUAAUCAAGAGUCAGAUCAAUCUAAGCACGCUCAAUCCAAAUCAUUAGAACCAAUGACAUCUGCGGCAAUAGCAGGACCCCACAGCUCAGAUUCAAAACAAACAUCAGACCUAAUACAAGAUUCCACCAUCAAUGGUCAAGAGUCUGAUCAGUCCAAGCAAAUACAAGCCAAAUCAAUCGAACCAAUGGCAUCCGUCAUUGAAUCAGGACUUCAAAGCACAGAUACACAGCAAAAAUCAGAGUUGUUAAAAGAUGGCACCGUUACUCAUCAGGAGCCAGACGAUUCCAAGCACAAUCAAGCAAAAUCAAUUGAACCAACGGCAUCUGCCUCAAAAGCUGCAUCUCAUAGCACAGAUUCAAAACAAACAUCAGACGUGUUGCAAGAUUUCAAGAGUAAUGUUGAAGAUCAAGAUAGUCAAAGCAAAACAAAUGAUACUACAGAUUCAAAACAAACAUCAGAGGUGUCGAAAGCUUCCAUUGUCAACAAUCACCAGUCCAAUCAAUUGCAGUACAAUCAAACUGAGUCAUUAGAACCAAUGACAUGUGCCUCAAAAGCUGCAUCCCAAAACACAGAUUCAAAGCAAACAUCAGAGGUGUUGGUAAAAGAUGUCAAGAAUAAUGUUUCAGAAGAUCAUAACACUCACAAACAAGAUCAAGACAUGCAAAAUGCAGCUCCCGAUACUACAGAGUCAGAUCAUACUUUAGACGCGAUGCAUGAUGUCAAGAGUAGUGUUGCAACUGAUGACAGCUCUCUAAAUGCAAAUCAAGACAUCCAAAAUGCAACAUCUGAUAUUACAGAAUCAAUGCAAACUUCACAGGCAAUGCUUGAUACAAAGAGCAAUGUUCCAAGAGAUCAAACUUCACAAAUUGAAGAACAGGCUCCAGAGCUAUCCAACAAAGAGAAGACUCCAAGCAUUGAAGCCAAUCUUGGGGACCCAAUUGAGUCUGUUUCAGAAGCUACAACCCACGGCAAAGAUUCAAAGCAAACAUUAGAGGCAUUGCAACAUUCAGCAGUCAAUAAUCAAGAGUCUGAUCCAUCUAAGCACAAUCAAUUCAAGUCAUUAGAACCAACGAUUUCUGCAGCAGUAGCAGGACUCCACAGCUCAGAUUCAAAACAAAUAUCAGACCCAUUAGAAGACUCCACCAUCAAUCAUCAAGAGCCAGAUGAUUCCAAGCACAACCAAGGAAAAUCAAUUGAACCAACGACAUCUGCCUCAAAAGCUGCAUCUCAUAGCACAGAUUCAAAACAAACAUCAGAGGUGUUGCAAGAUUUCAAGUGUUUUGUUGUAGAUCAAGAUAGUCAAAGUAAAACAACUGAUACUACAGAUUCGAAACAAACAUCAAAGUUGUUGGAAGCUUCCAUUGUCAACAAUCAACAGCCCAAACAAUUGCAGCACAGCCAAACUGAGUCAUUAGAACCCAUGACAUCCGCCUCAAAAGCUGCAUCUCAUAGCACAGAUUCAAAACAAACAUCAGAGGUGUUGGCGAAAGAUGUCAAGAAUAAUCUUCCAAAAGAUAAUGGCACUUACAAAGAAGAUCAAUCUAUUCGAAACGCAACACCAGAUACUAAAGAUUCAAAACAAACUUCAGAGGUAAUACUUGAUACACAGAGGAAUGUUCCAAGAGAUCAAACUUCACAAAUUGAAGGACAGGCUCAGGAGCAAUCCAAAAAAGAUAAGACUCAAAACAUAGAUGGAAGUUUUGGGGACCGAAGUACAUCUGACCCAGAAGUUUUGCCUCAAAAGACAAAUCGUAAACAAACAUCAGAGGUGUUGAACGAUUCUACUGUCAACAAUCAACAAUCCAAUCAACUGAAGCACAGCCAAAGUGAGAAAUUAGAAUCAAUGACAUCUGCCUCAAAUGCUACAUCUCAAAGCACAGAUUCAAAACAAACAACAGAGGUUUUGCAAGGUGUCAAAAAUAUUGUUUCAGAACAUGGCACUCACAAAGCAAAUCAAGAAGGCCAAAUAUCAACACCUGAUACUGAAGAUUUAAAACAAAAAUCAGAGGUGUUCAAAGAUUCCACUAUCAACAGUCAACAGCCAGAUCAUUCCAAGAACAAUCUAGCCAAAUCAAUUGAACCAAUAACCUCCAUCACAGAAGCAGGGCAUCAUAGCACAGAUUUAAAAGAAUCCCCUGAUGUGUGGCAAAAUGCUACAAUCAAUGAGCAAGAAACUGAUCAUUCCAAGGACAACCAAGCCAAGCUUUUAGAACCAAUGACAUCCAACACAGAAGCUGCCACUUUCAGCCCAGACUCAAAACAAGCAUCAGAGGCAAUGCGAGAUGCCAACAUCAAUGAUCAAGAAACGGAUCAUUCCAAGCAUAAUCAAGCCAAGUCAUUAGAAUCAAUUACAUCUGCCGUAGAAGCUACAUCUCACAACACAGAUUCAAAACAACCACCCAGGGGAUUGCAAGAGAUCAAGAGCAAUGUUGCAGGAGGAGAUAACGUGCAACAAACUCACCAACAAAGUCAACGUGUAACACCUGGUAUUGUAGAUUCAACGCACAACUCGGCACAAAGUUCCAAUGAAAUUUCACAUUCGAUAGAGCUGUCAGGAGAAAACAGUCGAGUAAAUGUUUCUCCUAAUGGCACUCUACAGUCAUUGAAAUCUGAAGAAUCAAUCUCAGUUUCAUCUGGUGAGUUAGCAAGUUCUAAUCAAAUUAGUACUCCUGGGUUUGAAACAAACACCCCAUCGUUGGGAGCAGAGACGAACAAUGUCCCGACGAAAUCGUUUACGCAGUCACCCAAUCUUGAUUCAAAUGCCAUUGGAGAUGAGGCAAAGGACGAAACGAAUACCCGACAAAGUAAGUCAAUUGCUAGUUCGAAAGACCUAAAGAUAUCAGGCCAACCUCAAGAAAAAGAAGGCUCCAUCGAUAGGUGUCUUUCUGAGGGCGUGCCUUCCUCGUCAAAUUCGUAUGAUAAAGUGAAUACACGUCAAGAUCGAGCAUCAAACCAUAAUUUGGGGCCAACCACAACAGAGCAACUUUCUGAAACAGAAAAAACGGUAGCUAACACAGUGCCUGAAAAAGAUCCAACCUCAUUGGGCCUGAAAGUGAAUAUUCAAAGUGACGAAGAGAGCUCAAUUGCUCAGGUUAUCGGUCUUCCCGUCUCUGAUGUGAGAGACGACUUUGCACAACAAACAGUCAUAAAAAGAAAGGAUGGAAAUAAGAACACGUAUUUGCAUACGAACUCCCAGAACAACAGGUCCUCGAAGACUGAUUCCGAAGCCACAGAGGUAACCAUUACGGGUGAUUCGUCGAACUUGAGUGGUCCAAAUCUUAUUUCAAGCCAACCUGAAGGACAAGCAAAAUCUUCAGAGAACGUUCCUCACGAUAUUGUCAAUCGUGAUUCAGUAGGAAAUGAAAAUGAGGAUGGUGACAACCAAACUCUGCAAAGAAGGGCUCGUGUCAAAAGGACUGUUGAACAGAAAACACCAGACGAAGACCACUCCGCAGCCAAUAGUCAUCAAGAGAGAAUAAGUCCCCCGAGGUCGACGAAAGAACUUGAAAAAGUUGCCGACAACACAUCAUCCAUCCCUCAAAAGUCUAAUACAUCAACAGAUGUUGCCAAUAAGGAGAAAUAUUCGUCCAAAAACACUGAGGGAAAGACAUUAGAAAACAAAGAUGGCCAGAGGACUAUCGGAGUGAGGUCCAGGGAAAGGCUGUCAUUACAACAUAACGAAAAAGAUGCUCCUGAUGAAGACGAUGGUUCAUCAAGGAAUUUGUCUACCUGGAGAAUGGAAUCCCCAAGGCUAUCCUCUUCAUCUACUUUAUCUCAACAAAACGCCGACACAUCGAGGCAAUCUCGUCAUAUUGACGAGGCUCAGAGCCCUGCCAAUCAAACUAGUAGUCGCACAAUCCGACCUUAUACCGGAGAGGCCAAGGUUACAAGGCCUAAUGAACGAAGGGAUGUCGAAGACGUUCAACGCUCCACUAAAUCCACAGGAUUGGAAGCUUCUACACCUGCACGAAAGUACCAAAGAAGGGAAAGAAAUGAACCAUCAAGUGUAAUUGUGUCGGACAACACCUUGCGAUUAAAAUCAACCGAUUCGCUUGACCCACCCGAAGCCUUGAGCAUCAAUGUAAAAGAAAUAGGCCAUGACUGGGUUUCUUUGAACUGGAAGAAACCCUAUUCGUCUGGAGGCAGUGUGAUCGUUUCGUAUAAGAUCGAGGCCUGGUUAUGCGGAGAAGGGGCCUACUGGAUGGAAUUGGGCAGAACACCCAUCACCCAAUACGACGUUUUCAACCUAAAACCCAAACGACAGUAUUAUUUCCGGGUGACAGCCAAGAGCAAACGGGGAGUGGAACUUCAAAUGAUGACCAAGGGAAAAGUCGACCUAGCCAAGAGCACCAAGAAGCCCGAGUUCACACAGAAACCAUCCACUUUGAUCCGGGCUAUGAGGGGACAUUCUCUUGUCCUCGAAUGUGAGUUUUUUGGAGAACCUCCUCCUUCUGUGACUUGGACCCAUUCCUCUAUGGGAUCACUUUCGUCGGACACAAAAACGGAUGGAACUCAACAGCGUUCUAGAAUGGAGUUAAAAGAGCCUCAACCGGGACGGGUAAUGUGCCAAAUUACCAACGAAGCCGGCAGUAGUAGCACAGCAACGGUUGUCGACGUGAUGGAGAAUGAAAAACUGUAUCAACUUUAUCUGAAAUUUUACAGUUUCCUUCAUUCUCCCCCAAGUGAGAAAAGUGUGGUUAAAGAACCUAUUCCGCCUUUCUUUGUAUCCCCACCCAGGGACAAACGAGCAAAAUACGGUUACCCAGUUCAAAUUCGAUGCUUGGUUGGUGGUGAUCCAACCCCAAGACUAUGUUGGUAUAAACAGGGUACCCUCAUAAAGGAUGAAAUUCCAGAUUCUCUUACAAGUGAUACUUUGUUGGAGAUUGAUGAUGUUAACGACGGAACAGUCGGUGAAUAUGAAGUCUGUGCCGAAAACAAAUUUGGCAAAUGCGUGUCCAGGUUCGUUUUGAUCGCGGAUGGUGGACUUGAGGAGCAUAUCCAGCCUAAAUUCAUGGUGCCACUCUCGGCUGAAGUCUAUGCCCAAAGCAAGGCCUUGGUGCUCCGGACCAAGAUAUCGGCCUCGCCCUACGUCGUGAUAAAUUGGUAUUGGAAUGGAAGCAAGAUUCAGCCCUCGCCAACCAAUAAGAAGUACUUUGAUCACAAUGGCAAUGCGACUCUGUCCUUAACUGACCACGUGUGUCAAGGUCAAUACACUUGUACCGCGAGUAAUGAGGCUGGAACUGUUUCCACUUCUAAAACAUUCUAUCCCGACGAAUUUGAUGAUCAUGGAAUGGUGGCUUUCGAAGAGCCUCCACAAAUAUCCGUAACCGACUCUAAAAUGCAAAUUUCCUGUACUUUGAAACAGCGUGGAGAAGUCUCCUUGUCCACCAUUCCGAAAGUGGAUGGUCGGCAUAAGAAGACCUUUAAAAGAGGGGAUGGCAAUCGAUACCGAGUUGACAUUAAUUCCGAUGAGGAACAUCUAAUGGGCCGAGUGCUUUAUCUGAUUGUUCGCCAAGGUGUUAAUGGGUACGUCGUGCCAAUCAAUACCUCGGGAAACUCAAAGAACCUCUUCACAUGCCAAUUCGACGAGGGACCCAACGACACCAAUUCCCCAGCAACCGACUGUGAUAAUCAGCUUGUUCUUUCAAGUGAUGCAUUUUGUAGAGUAGGGGACGAUUUGACUGCUACCUUGGGACACGUACCAAGAGGGAGGCUAAAAAUUGAGCUUGAUCAUGACAGCAAGAUUGCCUUCAGGCCCAAAUUCAAUCGCAACAGCCAAGGGAAAUUGGAAGUCACCAUAGUCAACGCCACCAAAGAUUUUGAAGGCACUUACAAAUUCAAGGCCGCCAAAGAAGAUUAUAAGACGUUGCUAUUUCAACUUAAUCUAGUGAUCAUGGAAAAGAGGGACAAUGAAGAUACGCAUUCUUUGGAUAAUCCCUCAUUUGAUAGCGCCACACCCCACCCCUCCAAUCAAAUGGCACGUCUUGGGGGUCUUACACCCCGUUCCACCCCGCGAUGCUCUCCUUUCCAAUCGCCCAGAUCCACGCCUGCCCGAAGCUUGAGAAGCACCCCGUCGCGUUGCGGAACUCCGGGGGAUGAAGACGAGGAUCGUCUCAGAAGACCGCACCGACCGCGCAGUCGAUUGUAUCCCAAGUUCUUGUCCUCUCUGAACGACCGGUGUGUCGUUCCAGGGACCGAUGUCGAAUUAAAGUGCUACGUUUUGAGUGUUCCGGGCUUGAAAACCUCUUGGAUGAAGGACGGCAAAGAGAUCGUGGGGAACUCAAGUGCCAUAGAAAGCAGAGGCAUGAGAAGCCUGACUCUUUCCAAUGUGUCAGCAUCAGACUCCGGUGUCUACACGGUCCGAAUGGAGGAUGCUCAAGAGAUGACGGACAUCAGCUCAUCUUGUCGUAUUGAAGUCAAAGAGCAAACCCCGCUAUCGAGAUAUGAUGGUAUGUCUUCAACCACCCGGAGCUCGCUGAGCCGAUCUCGACCAAAUAUCGGUUCAUCGUUAGGGUUGCCCUACCAAAGUGCUCACCAAAGUGUUUAUCGCAACAAUUACCAAAGUAGUUAUCUCAGCUCAGGCUACAGACGAUCGUAUUGGUAAAAAUAAUGCACAUCUGAAUACAUUUCCCAUCUUUUUCUUCUAAAUAACAAAAAAAUGUAGUUUUUGGACUUAAGGUUGUUCUUUACUCGCUUACCCAUGUUUCUCAUUCUUCCUCAGUUUCAUGAAAUAUAUUGUCUUCCUCGUUUCUA